AGAUGGGACCGACGCAUCCGACGACGAUGCUGUAGAAGUACGCAGGCUUGUUGAUUGAGGCCCACUUGAGGUAGCGCAGUGGCUGCGAGUAGAAGCGGGGGUUAAGGGGCGUGCCGGACAUGUUGGUGGUGCUGCUGCUGUGUAAUCAGCGUCGUUGGGUUGGUGAACGUGCGGGCGGCGACAGGAGCGUACACUUGGGACAAUUGGGUGUGUGCAAGGGCCUCAAUGCCUCGGAAUGCUAGUCGUGACGCAGCGGGCCUGGACGUGAGGUUGCUCGGAGAGCUUCGGUCAGUGGGGAUGUUCCGCGCCGAUGUCUUGGCAUUGCAUACGUUACGUGUAGCUGUCUACGAACGCCCAAAGUGUCAAGUCCUACUUCGCCAAUUCAUGAUCAUGAGGUGGCUACUUUCUUUUCUGGUCUUGACCAUUGUCGCUGUGGUGCGAGCGGCGAGUUCCACAGGGAACAGACUGCUGGUAGUCCUCGAAGAGCAGGCUGAGCGCGAGAAGUACAGCGUGUUUCUUGAGGACCUGGCGGCUCGUGGCUUCCACACUACUGUCGAUUCGCCCAAGGGAGACAAGGUUGCUCUCUUCAAGCAUGAUGAACGAACCUACGAUCACGUCCUCUUGCUUCCUGCAAAGUCGAAAGGCCUCGGCCCAGCUUUGACCGCCAACACACUUCUCGAAUUCGUUAAGAAGGAUGGCAACGUCCUCGUUGCGCUGUCUAGCGAGCAAGCAACCCCCACCGCUAUCCAGUCCCUCCUCCUCGAGCUCGAUAUCAGCAUUCCCAACACUAAGGGCUCGUUGGUAGUUGACCACUUCAACUACGACUCCGCAUCCGCAUCCGAGAAGCACGAUGUUCUGCUGCUCCCAUACCCCGCCGCGCUGAGAAAGGGCGUUACGAACUACUUCGGCGGAGAGGGUUACAUCGCCGUUCCCCGCGCUGUCGCACAGGUCCUCGGCAACGAUUCGCCCCUACUCUCCCCCAUUCUCCGUGCACCCAGCACAGCGUACAGCUACGACUCGAAAGAUGAGGCCGAGGUUGUGGAGGAUCCGUUCGCUGUUGGUCAGCAGCUGAGCAUUGUCUCUGCUAUGCAAGCUCACAACUCCGCACGUUUGACCGUUGUUGGAUCAGCUGAGCUUCUGCAGAACAAGUGGUUUGCUGAGAAGGCCAAGCUUGGCGACAAGGCUGUGACCACUGCCAACCGUGAUUUCGCGGCGAAGCUGUCGGCCUGGACUUUCAAGGAGACGGGUGUGCUCAAGGCUGGCAAGGUGGUCCACUAUCAGGAUGAUGGUGCUAGCAAGAAGCUCAACGCCAGCACUCCGGAGAGCAACCCUACUAUCUACCGCAUCAAGAGCGACGUCCAAUACCAGGUCGAGAUCUCUGAGUGGUCCAACGACCGUUUCGUUCCUUUUGUCCCUGACGCGAACGACAACGUCCAGCUUGAGUUCAGCAUGUUGUCGCCCUUUCACCGCCUAAACCUCUCACCCAUCUCGCAAACCGCAAACGCUACCGUUUUCGGCGCUGCUUUCAAGACGCCCGAUCAGCACGGCAUCUUCAACUUCCGCGUCAACUACCGCCGACCUUUUGUCACAAACAUCGAUGAGAAGAGACAGGUUACAGUAAGGCACUUUGCACACGACGAGUGGCCGAGGAGCUGGGAGAUUAGUGGUGCAUGGGUUUGGAUUGGUGGGAUUUGGGUUACAGUUGCUGGAUGGUUGGCAUUUGUUGCCGUCUGGCUGUACAGUGCGCCAGCUGAGAAGAGCUUGAAGAAGACACAAUAGGCGAGUCUGGAGUUGUUGUAAGUAGAGGGUAGCACAGUCACUGCUAUGAUUGAGAAGAGAUAUCCCAUCAGCGAUGCGAGGUAUUUUCAUUAUGGAAUUAAGGCCCGACAAGGCCAAAAGAUUAGCAUUGAAACGAAGCGUUUGUCCAGU